AUGGCGGUUUAUGCGGCCCAUUUAACAAGGACAUUACAAGGAACGCCGAGUAUAUUUCAAGUAACAGCUCAGGAAGCACUUGGAGCGACAGUGAAACCUGCAUUACAAAAAGUAGUUGAGUUUCUCGCAGCCAAUUACCCAAACAAAUGUGGUUGGAGUGUUAAUUGGUAUGAUGAGCUGUACCUUUUGUUCGAUUGCUGCCUGCAGUAUUACUAUCUUAAACACUAUGCUGCAUCAUUCUCCGAAAGCUUCUAUGAGCUUGUCCGUGUACCAAAGAUCAGCAGUGAGUUCAACACGGGACAGCAUUUACCUAUUUACUUGGAGAGAGCUUCUUUAGCCGUACUAGUCUUGUUACCAUAUAUUAAGGAUAAAAUAGAGAAAAUUGUGGAGAAGUGGAGAGAAGAUGAGGAAGAUGGCAGACUUAGCAAGAGUUCGUCCGAUAGUUUGAGACGCGCCGCUAUCCGCACGUACAGCAUCGUGUACACGAUCACGUCGUGCGUGCGGCUGGUGCAGCUCGCGCGCUACCUCGCCGGGGGGUCGCGCAGCCACGCGCCCGCCCUGGCGCUGCUCGGGCUCGCGCUCAGGGAGGCUCCUCCGAGGGAACUCGAGGAAAACACGUGGGGAGAUCUCCUCAGAAAUAUUAUUACUGGACGGUUCGGGAGUGCCAUGGUGACGUUCCCCAUGCUGGGUAGCUUGGUACUGAGUGCCAUGGAGUACGGGGCGUUCGGUGUGCAGUUCCUGCGCUGGUGGGACACUCGCGCCGUGCACACCGCCGCCCUGCCAACACCAGAACCGCCACAGCGGGACGAGCGUGCUGUCCGCUGGCGGAACAAAUGUCCGCUGUGUUUGCAGUCCUGGAAAAUACCCACAGUGUUACCUGUCUCUGGCUACAUAUUCUGCUACUCGUGCAUCUCGCGUCACGUGCGCGCGACGGGCGCGUGCCCCGUCACGCGCUGCCCGGCCGGCGACCACUCGCUCGUGCGCCUCUACCUCGACUGA